UAAUAACUACAAUUAUCAGGUAGCGGCAGCAAAGCUUUGAGAGUUCUCUUCAUACCCUAGCAACAACUCUCUUACAUACCUGGAAGUGCGAUUACUAGGUGACGACGGCAUCUUUCUAAUUCAUACCACAAAGAGAAUCUAUUGCGAAAAUGUCGUUCGGUGGCCAGACUCCAACGAUCAUUGUGCUGAAGGAGGGUAGGUACUUCAGAUAUUGCCUUUACCACAGAUGAUACUGACAUAAGUGUGUAAUGCAGGUACGGAUUCAUCGCAGGGAAAGGGACAGAUUAUUAGCAACAUAAAUGCUUGUUUAGCUGUCCAAAACACAAUACGGAGUACUUUGGGGCCAUAUGGCGGGGAUUUAUUACUUGUUGAUGAAAAUGGACGACAAACUAUCACUAAUGAUGGUGCUACUGUUAUGAAGGUGAGUUUCUGCCCACCAGAAAUCCAUGUAUACUGUGUCUUUGAAAAUCUGACUUUGCGUAGCUACUUGACGUUGUUCACCCCGCUGCACGAAUCCUUACCGAUAUCUCUCGAUCACAAGAUGCCGAAGUUGGAGAUGGAACAACAUCUGUUGUUGUUUUGGCAGGUGAAAUUUUGAAGGAGAUCAAGGAUCAUGUCGAGCAAGGUGUCAGCUCGCAGACAAUUAUUAAGGGACUGAGAAGAGCUUCUGCGAUGGCCGUCAACAAAAUUAAGGAAAUUGCUGUUAAUACAAGUGAGGGUAACCAGAGGGAAACUCUGAUAAAGUUGGCUGGAACUGCUAUGAGCAGUAAGCUAAUCAAGAGAAACACCGGAUUUUUCACAAAGAGUAUGGCCCCUAAAGUCUUGUAGUAGAAAGGCAGAGCUAACAAUACAUAGUGGUUGUUGAUGCAGUCAUGACACUAGAUCAGGAGGAUUUGAACGAGAAACUCAUUGGCAUGAAGAAAAUCCCAGGUGGCUCCCUUACCGACUCACUGUUUGUUAACGGUGUUGCGUUCAAAAAGACCUUCUCAUAUGCCGGAUUUGAACAACAGCCAAAAUCAUUCAAGAACCCUAAAAUCGUGUGCUUAAAUGUCGAAUUGGAGCUCAAGUCCGAGAAAGAUAACGCAGAAGUCCGUGUUGAGCAGGUCUCAGAAUACCAAGCUAUUGUCGAUGCUGAAUGGCAAAUUAUUUACAACAAGAUGGAAGCUCUAUACAAAACUGGCGCAAAGAUUGUCCUUUCCAAGCUACCAAUUGGUGAUCUUGCUACACAAUAUUUUGCAGAUAGAAAUAUUUUCUGUGCCGGCCGUGUAGCAUCUGACGAUCUUGAACGCAUCAUCCAAGCCACAGGAGGAUCUAUUCAAUCUACUUGUUCUGAUAUCCAAUCCGAGCACCUCGGAACCUGCGGUUCAUUCGAAGAGCGUCAAAUUGGUGGUGAACGUUUCAACUUUUUCGAAGACUGUCCCGAAGCAAAGACUUGCACGUUGGUUCUCCGUGGAGGUGCCGAGCAAUUUAUCGCCGAAGUUGAACGUUCCCUCCACGAUGCCAUCAUGAUCGUCAAGCGCGCUAUUAAGAACAACACAAUUGUUGCCGGAGGUGGGGCUUGCGAAAUGGAGGUAUCAGCCUAUCUCCACCAUUACGCCGAUAACAACAUCCGAAACAAACAACAAGCAAUCAUUAAAUCUUUCGCAAAGGCCCUCGAGGUUAUUCCACGUCAACUUUGCGAUAACGCAGGUUUCGAUGCUACAGAUAUCCUCAACAAGCUCCGCGUGGAACAUAGAAAAGGAAAUGUAUGGGCUGGUGUUGAUUUCGUAGGGGAAGGUAUCACAGAUAAUAUGGAAGCAUUCGUUUGGGAACCUGCAUUGGUAAAGGUUAAUGCCAUACAAGCAGCAACCGAAGCUAGUUGUUUGAUUUUGAGCGUGGACGAGACCAUUAGGAAUGAAGAGAGCGCGCAGCCACAAGCUCCACAAAGAGGUUUACCUCCGGGAGCAGCGCAAAGAGCAUUGAGGGGUAGAGGAAGAGGUAUGCCGAGACGAUAAAUGAUAAAUGGCAAGGAGGGAUCAUGAUUCAUGAAUGAUGCAGGGGAAUCAAGGGGCAUGCAUGAUGGACGAGUACAAAAUCUGAUAUGUAGAUGAUUCUUCUAUGAUAUGAUAUCGGAGUGCUGGAUGUAUGAUUAAGUACAUCCUAGCGCCUCAGAAUUCAAAAAGUCCACCCCUCGCUUAUGCCUAAUU